UCCAUCCCCCUAGGUUGGAAUAUUUUCUAUUCUCUAGCCCCGGCAACGUGUCUUCCCUUUUCGUAUCCAUCUCUGACUUAAAAUUAGACAAAAUGAAGUAUACCAGCGCAUUUAUUAUCAUAUAUUGCUUGCCCUAUCUUGUAUUUGCAGAUGUAGAGAAUAUCAUAAGACUUGAGCCUUCAACUAACCUUCCUCCAGAUAUUUCCGCGCCCAUAGAUCAUUCAUUCGCAGGUUUUGGAAUAGAAUCUUCUAAUCUUUUCUCAUUUACGGGUGGAGCGCAGCCAAACACCCUAACUAUUAACCUCCUCAACAACCUCGCCAACUAUGCCGGGAAACCACCACAUAUCCGAAUAGGGGGAAACACCCAAGAUUACAUGAUCUUCCAGGAGAGCCAAAAUGACUGGUCAUGGGUGGAAAACCCAAACGCAGUCGGCCAGGGGAACAUCAAACCCGACAGCAUGCUAAUUGGGCCCCGUUUCUUCGAAUCCGCGAACCGGUUACCGCAAGGCACGACAGUAACCUGGGGACUAAACCUCGCAUACGAACAAGCCGACUUCCUCGAAAGAAUCACAGAAAUGGCAAACCAAGCCAUCUCAAGGUGUCCAAACCUCAACAUCACCUCCUUCGAAAUAGGCAACGAACCAGACCUCUACACCCAAAACGGCUUCCGCACCGGUCCCUGGGGCGGCAAGGUCUUCACCGGCGAAUGGCUCGCCCGCGCCUCCGCGAUCUCAACCCAAGUCCUCGCCCCAAAAGGCAUCCCAAGUAACUUCUUCGAAGCAGCAGCCACCGCCUCAACAAUCGGCACGGACUUUCAAAUCGCCAACUUGGUCACCUUCGGUGUUUCCGCUGCCGCGACAGCCGGCUCCCCGACCCCGUAUCUAAGCGGCUGGAACCAGCACGAUUACUACUACUACAUCGGCGUGUCCCCGUACCCGAUUACACUAGAACGGCUAAUGACGCUCCGCACGACGGAGGACCAGUUCGCCGCGUGGCAGGCCCAGGUCGAGCAAGCGGCGCAGACGCCGUACCCGUAUGCGCUUCGCGAGAUAGGCGUCGUCGGACCUAUUGGCUUGCAAAGCGUAACAGACGUAUUCGGCGCCGCGCUAUGGACGCUGAACUUUUUGCUGUAUACGGCGAGUUUGGGCGUUGCGGCUGUGGGGCUGCAUAUGACGGAUACGUCGAACGCGAGCGCGUGGUUGCCGGUUCCUAUGUAUGGACUCGAGCCGCGGGUGCGGCCGUUGUAUUAUGGGGUUGUGGCGUUUGAUCAGAUUAUUGGCCCUUUGUCGUCGUGUACGGAGACGAGGAUCGCGCGGUGUGAGGUUUUGGCGUGGCCGGCUGGGUAUGAGGAUUUGGUUAGGGCGUAUGUGGUGUAUCAGCGGGGACAGCUGGCGUCAGUCGUGGUGGUGAAUGGGAUGCUGGCGAAUAGUUCGUUGGGGAAUAAGGGUAAUGUUACUGAGAAGUUGCAGUUACCGGCUUCGAUGGCGGGACAGGUUGUGUAUCUUGCGUACUUGACGAGUCCGGGUGCGGAUGCUGUGGAUAAUACGACGUGGAAUGGGAUUAGUUUUGAGAAGAGCGGGGAUGGCACUCCGACACAGGUUGGGGAUGGUCAACAGACGGUUCAGGUCGCGGCUAAUGGGACGGCGAGUUUCUCGUUGAGAGAUUCUGAAGCUGUGGUCGCGAGUCUGGGGAGAAAGGUUGGUGAGGCGGGUUCUUGUACUAUGCCUCAUGCUAAGUUCCCUGACUGGGAAGUCUAGAUAUGCCGAGCCAGAAUCUUGAGAUCAUGUUUACUGGUAAAUCAUAUAUCUGUAUUUUCUUAGAUCUUAUUAACUAAUGGUCGGCCUCUUUGUGUAAACUAUUGGUAACGAUAUGGUAUAAAUGGAGAUUGCAUCGGCCUAGGAAGGUAGGCUUUUGGUAUAUUAG